AGAUGAGUUCCAGUGUUGUGGGAUUUGCCGCUCAAUUGGAUCGCUGUACGGGAGUGUCUGGAAAUAACUCGCCGACAUGGUUUCCGGAGAGCGGGGGGAACCCACCCUGCUCGUUAUCCGAAACAUUGAAGGAGUGCUGCACGUGAACCCGGAUCUGUUCGUCGAUGAGAACUUCAAACCUGGACUCCGGAAACGGCAUCGAAGCAAUAUGGGAGUUUGUCUCCGAUGCUGUUUGACACUUUCGGCGAUAACGCUUCUCUUGAUCGGCGGCACCUUUAUAUACCUGUAUCUUCGGGAGCGUCAUUUGGGUUGCUAUGACCCGGUGAACGGCAGAGUGUGUUACAGUGAUCUGCCUGAAGGGGAUCGAUACAAAUGGGGUGGUACGAAAACCGAUUAUAACGUCACCAUUCAAGAGCAUCUGGAUGAGAGCGUCCAGCCGUUAGACAUCCCGGGGUGCCAGCCGGUCCUCUUCUUCUUAUUCCAACGCCAUACGACGCGCUAUCCUGACCGAGAAGACAUAGAAGAAGCGAGCAUCAGGCUGAAGAAACUCGCGGAGGAUAUCGUGUCUAGGGAAAAGAGCCGUCUCUGUAAGCAAGAUCUGCAGGAAUUCUCGAACUGGGUUUUCCCAUUCGUACCCGAUCAGGAUAACCUGGUGGCGCCUCAGGGGAACUUGAUAGUCGCAGAACAAGUCGCUCGUCUGAAGAAACGGUUUCCGUCCAUCUUCUCGGUGGAGAGACCAUUUCAAUCCUCGUCGAUCUCCGUCGAUUUCACGAGCAGGGUCAGGAGUCGAGAAACUGGCUAUGCAUUCCUGAAACAAUGGUUCACAGAAGGCGUCUUCAACAGUGUGAUCGAGAGACAAAUCAGGGACAACGUCAACGACGACCUGCUGCACUUCCACAGAGAGUGCGCCGCCAAGCUCAAGCAAAAAGGAAAAUUGGUCAAAACCCCACCGGCGGUCACGAGUUUGGAAAACAGCUCCUAUUACUCGAGCCUGCUGGAAACACUCAGCUCCCGUUUGGGUCGCCGAGUCUCAAAAGACGAUAUGAAAGUCAUGUAUAGACAAUGCAUGUUCGAGAUGUCCAUCGUCGGCCGAUCUCCGUGGUGUGCCGUCUUCACGACGGCCGAUCUGAAAUUGCUGGAGUUCCGAGAAGAUCUCGACGAUUAUCAUAAAGAUGCGUACGGGAACGACAUGAACUGGAAGCAGGCUUGCGGAGUAGCAGCGAACCUCUUCGAGUCGAUCGAUGAGGUCGAAUCACCGUCCUACGCAUCGAAUUACACGCGGACCGUUCUCCACUUCAGUCAUGCGGGUGCGCUGAAGAAGGUCCUCGCCUACUUUGGGAUCGGGAAAGGACCCGCAGUCAAAUGGGAUGAGGCCUGCGAACCCCGCGGCUGGCGCAGUUCGAAGUUCUGUCCUUUCAACGCAAAUAUUCUGUUUGUUUUGCACAGAUGCCUUGGCACGCAGCCAAAAAUGGUCACCCUGCUCAACGAAAAGCUAAUCCUGCUCCCUGGGUGCUCAUCGAAGUUCUGCCCCUUGGGCGAAUUCCGCGCGUCGUUCCAGCGCGAGGACCUGAAAUGUGAACUCGAAGAAAUUUGCUCGUGACGAAGAUCAUCCGAUAACCAUAUCUGAUUUGUAUCAGCAGCUCUACUGAUUGGGGAGGCAGCUCUUGGCUAUCACCUCAUGAUUCGGAUGGGACAACCAAAAUAUUAUUUUUGAAAAUUGUUCCACGCUGAUCCAUGAAGAAAUCGAGUUGGGAGUCGGAAAGUCGGAAAUGUCGCGAAAGGACGGAAAGGCGUCGGCGUCAGGUCUCUCUGAGGGAAGGACGAAUUGAAACGCUCUGAAAAUGUUCGGGGAAUAUUCGAUCAAAGUUGAAGCUUCGGUCGUGUGAUCUAGUCUAUCUUAGCGUCGACGAAGACUUGUACAAGUUUUAGGUAGCAACCCUUAUAUAGAGGAUGAGCGCAUAGCGAUAUAACGAAAACCUCUGAUGUACAAAGAAAACGUGUUGAAUAAACUGGCGUGAGGUUGGUUUCA